AUGGCAACCAUGGUUUCAACUGGUAGCCCUACAAUGUUUCACAUACGAGGACGACGGAGACUCCCUCUGGACCGCGCUGGAUGCGUCGCUGGACUGCUGUGUCUCGAGGCCGUCGUCGUCGUGGGGGCCCUCGUGCUGUUCGGCGUCGCAUACCCGGACCGCCUCCGGUCGCGGCUGUGGAGGAACGGCGGCGAGGAAGGGUGGUGCUCGAACCCGCGGUUGAGGAUCUACUUCUACGCCAACCACGAGGAGUCUCCCGAAAUCCCGCUGGUAUGGAGUCAGAGGCUCACGACGUCAAACAUGGCCACCGCGGUCCUCAGCGCGACCGUUUUCUUCGCGCGGCUCACGAUAGCUGCCCUGCAAUACGAAGCCCGAUGGACGAACCUCAUGUACGACGUCCUCCUCGCGUUCCUCUGGGCUCGCAGUGCCGCGACGCAGAACGGGCCCGACUUCACCGACCCCCAGCACCUCAGCGAGAGGCCGUGGUAUCUCGUGAGGAGCUGCGACGAGGCGUGGGCUCAGAACCGGGGUUGGUGCAGGAUUGCGAAAUGGGAAUUCUCGUGGGCGAUACUGGCGGCGGCGUUUUAUGCUGCGAGAAUUGUCGUCGCCCUCGGGUGGUCGACGUAUGAGCUGGGCAAGCGUGACGGGAUGAAGAGCGGGAGAGAGAUGGAUUUGACGUUGGAACAGUGGACCGGGGAUGAGAAGAAAUGGGUUGCGGCGUACAAGUACGAGAUUGAGGAGGAAGACUGGGCAUGA